AUGGACCUGGUGACCGGUGCGUUGGGCAUGCUUCCCUCCAAGCUGCUGGAGCUGCUCAAGGAGGAGUACAAGCUCCAGAAGGACGUCAGGGUGAAAGUGCAGUCCCUCUCCCGGGAGCUCGAGUGCAUGCACGCCGCCCUCCGCAAGGUGGCGGCAGUGCCAUGGGACCAGCUCGACGACCAGGUCAAGAUCUGGGCACGCGAGGUUAGGGAUGCUUCCUAUGACAUUGAAGAUAUACAAUAA